CGUUCAAGAGAGACCAGCCACCAUGGAUAUCCGACCAAACCACACGAUUUAUAUCAACAAUAUGAACGACAAAGUCAACAAGGAUGAGCUGAAGCGGUCGCUCUACGCCCUGUUCUCUCAGUUCGGUCAGAUCGUCGACAUCGUUGCAAUGAAGACGUCCAAGAUGCGCGGCCAGGCCUUUGUUGUGUUCAAAGAGCUGGCCGCCUCGACCAACGCCCUGCGACAACUACAGGGCUUCCCCUUCUACAACAAACCCAUGCGCAUCCAGUAUGCCAAGACCGACUCGGAGGUGAUCGCAAAGAUGAGGGGAACGUACGGAGACAAGGACAAGAAGAAGGACAAGAAGAAGAAGGUUCCUGAGGUGCUGACCAGCCUAGCCAAGAAGCCAGGGCCAGUGGCACUCACCCCGCAGACAAACAGCCCAGCUGCCCCGGUACCGGACAAUCCUCCCAACUACAUCCUGUUCCUUAGCAACCUGCCGGAGGAGACCAAUGAGAUGAUGCUGUCCAUGCUCUUCAACCAGUUCCCGGGGUUCAAGGAGGUGCGCUUGGUUCCGGGGAAACACGACAUCGCCUUUGUGGAGUUUGAGGGCGAGGCUCUGGCGGGCGUGGCUAAAGACGCCCUGCAGGGCUUCAGGAUCACCGCCACCUGCGCCAUGAAGAUCACCUACGCCAAGAAGUAGUUUCCUGUACCUCCCGCGGGAGAGAGAGGAGGGGGAGACUUUGGGAGGGGAGGGGGGGGGGGGUGCGAGAGAAGCUGAAAGGGUUCCUGGAUUUCCGUUCAGAUUUUUGUAAAAGUUGCGGAUCGUCCUGGAGGUUUUUUUAUUUUAUUUGUAUGGAGAGUCUUAUUGUUGGACCAUGAAAGGAGUUUGUUUUCUAAUAAACUGUAUUAAAAGACGUGCUGCCUCGUCUG